AUGGCUAGCCUCCAGCACACCAAAAAGACCUACACCCUGAACACCGGGGCCAAGAUCCCCGCCAUUGGUCUGGGAACCUGGCAAUCCAAGCCCAACGAAGUGCGGGAGGCCGUCAAGAAUGCUCUCCUGAAGGGUUACCGCCACAUCGACACCGCCCUCGCCUACGGUAACGAAGCUGAAGUGGGCCAAGGCAUCAAGGACUCCGGCGUGCCCCGCGAAGAGAUCUGGAUUACCACCAAGCUGGACAACACCUGGCACCACCGCGUGUCCGAGGGUAUUGAGUCCUCGCUGAAGGACCUGGGUGUCUCCUACGUAGACCUCUACCUCGUGCACUGGCCCAGCAGCACCGACCCCAAGGACACGUCCAAGCACCUCCCGGACUGGGACUUCAUCAAGACAUGGCAAGAGAUGCAGAAGCUUCCCGCCACCGGCAAGGUCCGUAACAUCGGUGUCUCGAACUUCGGCAUCAAGAACCUCGAGAAGCUCCUCAAUGACCCUAGCACCAAGAUCGUCCCCGCCGUCAACCAAAUCGAGCUGCACCCUAACAACCCCUCCCCGAAGUUGGUUGCUUACAAUACCUCCAAGGGUAUUCACUCGACUGGGUACUCUUGUCUUGGCUCCACGAACUCGCCGCUCUACAAGGAUCCCACGCUGCUCCAGCUUGCGGAGAAAAAGGGCAAGACACCUCAGCAGUGUCUGUUGCAGUGGGGUAUCCAGAGGGGUUGUAGUGUUAUUCCUAAGUCUGUUAGCAAGGAGCGCAUUGAUGCUAACUUUGAACUUGAUGGCUGGAACUUGACAGAUGAGGAGGUUAGCCAGCUUGAUAACAUGAAGGAUCGCUUUAAGGCCUGCAAAGCCAUAAGGACCAAGUUCCCAGAGCAAGUCCAACAUGGAGGCCUUCGACUUCAGCCAGCUUAUGCACGUAUAACCCCGAAUCAACCCAUCAACCGCGCCGCAGCAAUUCGCCAGGCCCGUCGCCGUCACUACUCCACUCGUGCGAGAGCCUUCGUUUCUUAUAUCCGGACUGGACUACAGGGUGACCGCGCUGCCUAUAAGACAUCCCGUGUUGCGUCGAACAUCAGCCGCCUCACCUCUCAAGCGCCCUUUGCGUCCACUCUUCGUCCAAACUUGACCGGCGGUACUCUCGGCCGUACGGCGGGAGGUUAUACUAUUGGUGCCGGCCGGAUCGGGGGUGCCCGGUAUUUCUCACAUGGCCCAGCUGCACCCGCUCAGGUCAUUCAAAAUGUAUCCAUGGGUGUCCGGGCAUUCUUCCUCUCGGGACAGAAAGUCCGGUUUGAUGGCAUUGAUGAAGUUAGCGGGAACAAGAAGUACAAAGCCGUGAGCGCGCUUCAAGAUCAGGCCGAGCGGAAGAUGACGGGAAUCCCUCGGACUGCUCCGGGAUCCUUUGUUGACUUCCAGCUCUCCCCUACCAUCACCGCUUUUGGCCUUCAGAAGAAGUUCGACCCGUCCGGAGCCUUCGCUUCGGAGACUAUCAACUCGGAUGGUCUUUUGGACUUCCUCUCUGCCGACUUUGCGCGUGCUCUCAAAGACUUGGCCGCUGUCCUCAACGACCUCAAGCGUCUGUCAACCCUGGGCGAUCUUCCUAUCUUGCUCCACGACAAGUCGACUCUCCGGGUGAGAUUCCCUGGGUGUGACGCAGCCACUGUCGAGCGGCUCUGUGAUGAGGUUGGAGUCCAACGAGGGAAGAUUAUGCAGGACGAGGACUUCAAUAUUCGUACAGGUGCAGACAUUGCUCUUCUGUUCCCCUUUGCUCCCAGUGUUCCCGCAUCACCAGAGACGGUGGAUUACCUUUUCUCAAAAGGGCCCUCUGAGCCGCAAGCACCCGAAGAAGUUGAUUGGCAAGCCAUGAUGUCUUCAGAGAACAACACAGAGGCUUCACCUGAGCUUCUCAGAGACUCUGGGCCGAAGCUCAGUUUCGAGGACAUAACCAUGUUUGGCGAGAAUCCGUGGCAGCAAUCAUCGUCCUCUGGAUAUUCAAGUAUCAACAUCAGCGAACUCGGCGACCGCGCAUACUUCCAUGAGAUCUCCAGCACCGGGUUUCCUGAAAGUGCGUCUGAAUAUGAAGGAUCGGACGGGUUGCACCGAUUUCUUGCCGAAUGCAACCGUGCUCCUCCAAUUGCUUAG